UUGUGCUCGAGAGAAGAGUUGGGACUGUUGAACGAAACUCGCGAUAUACAUUCGUUUCCUCGUCGCUUGCGUAUGUUUCAACUAUCGCAGGCAUGGUUCGUCCAAUGGUAAUUUUUACCAAGUACUUUUCUGCUCGUACGUAAAACGCCGAGUUCGUUUUUUCUUUCCUAAUCGUAUUUUCCAUCUUGGAAACUCGUCCGGUAUUGUGCAGACCGGUUUCAUUUUUUUUUUGUGUGAGAAUUAAAAGCGUCGGUAAAACCGGUUCGUGGCGAAAAUGCCUUACAAAUUGGUUUUACAUUUUUGGAGUUUUGUUACCGUGUUCUUGCCGCUGGCAUUUAAUGGAAUUGCUACAACACGUGGAGCUAAAAUGGACCAUUUGCAGAUUUUGGAUAGUUUAUUUAAACAAGGAUACGAUCGGAGAGCUACACCUACAAACCAUCUAAAUAAUGCGACGACAGUCUCAUGCGAAUUAUAUAUUAGGAGUUUUGGAUCCAUUAAUACCGAAACAAUGGAUUACGAAGUGGAUUUGUAUUUAAGACAAAAAUGGCAAGACGAAAGACUAAAACAUUCGGAUAUCACCGAACCGCUGGAUUUAAACGAUCCGAAUCUAGUAAAAGCCAUAUGGAAACCCGAAGUGUAUUUUCCGAACGCUAAAGCCGCCGAUUUUCAAUAUGUUACCGUGCCUAAUGUUUUGGUUCGAAUUAAACCAGAUGGAGAAAUAUUAUACAUGUUGAGAUUAAAAGUCACAUUCUCCUGUAUGAUGGAUUACGCUAAAUUUCCGCUAGAUAAUCAAGUGUGUACUAUGGAAAUAGCAUCGUUUUCGAAAACUACCGAAGAGCUCAAGCUCGAAUGGAAGACGAAAAAUCCUAUUAUCAUGGCUCGAGGAUUACGUAUGCCGCAAUUCGAAAUCGUUCGUAUACAAGCAUCUAAUUGUCAAGAAUCAUUCCAAAUAGGAAAUUACAGCUGUUUAGUGGCCGAGUAUUACCUGCAUCGAAAUGUGGGUUAUCAUCUAGUUCAGAGUUACUUACCGACCAUGUUAAUCGUGGCCAUAUCUUGGGUCUCUUUCUGGAUGGAUGUAGAUUCAGUGCCGGGCCGCACGACUUUGGGUGUUACUACCCUUUUGGCUGUUUCUUCGCAAAGUUCAGGAAUACAAAGCGAGUUUCCUCAAGUCAGCUAUGUUAAAGCGAUCGACGUGUGGAUGGGUACCUGUAUCGCCUUUGUAUUUUCCGCUCUACUGGAGUUCACGAUCGUAAAUUACAUGUGGAGGAAAUUGCAGCCCGAGUUGCUGAAAAAAAUUGUCUCCAUUCCAGACCACGUUCAUCACACGACGAGUGGCCCAGCUUCAAAUGCCGUCAGUUGUAAACCUCAACAAGACCUAUGUACUGAUAACGACAAAGCUGCCGGAUUGAACGCCAACGAUUUCGCAGUCGCUGUGACAGUGGUACGAUAUUUUACUAAACGUCAGGUGAAAAAAGUAUUACUGCAAGAAGGCUACCACAAUACCAACGAUUUUUAUGUGUGCGACAAUCAGUCGAUAAGUGCCAGACGUAUAGACGAAUAUUCACGUUUCAUGUUUCCAAUCGCAUUCGCCAUGUUCAACUUGAUGUAUUGGACGUAUUAUUUGAAAUAAGCCCGCUAAACAGGCAACUCUUCCUUCAAAUAAUUCCUUUUAUAACCGUAACGAACGUAAAACUCGAUGUUUCGACAGACUUACCUAUUUUUUUCCUCCUUUUUGUAAAAAAUGAAAAUCGAAACCAUCUUUUAUGCGGAAAUUUUGUUACCAAUUUUAUUAUUAUACAUAUAAGGGGUUUACAUAUCGUAGAAGAUUCUCAACAAUUAAAUUUAUGUAUCUUAUACCUACGUAUUUAUCUGAUACAUAGACUUUAUGGGCGUAUAUUUACUCACUCACGAAGAUAUUUUAUGCGGAAUGCUGUUUUUGGCAGAUGAAAAUCCACACAUUUUUGCUGCCUCGGUUGCGAAGAAGAAAAUCGAUGCACAUUUUCAUCUGAUUUUUCCAAAUUACUAAAAUGGUACUUUUUGGUAAUUUGAAAGUAAUUUUUUUGUGCAAUGGCGUGAUUCUUUUUCCGGUAUGGUGCGUUGAUUUAUCGCGAAUACGAUUUACUUAUUUAAGGUUGCUGGAGAGAAAAUAGAACAACACGUGCAGUUAUUGUUCUGCACAAUACUGCUCUACAAUAUCCAUACGUGUGGAAAAUGUGGAAAAUACACACGAAUAAGGGAAUGUAACUGCAACCUACUUUCUUGUAAUUGGAGUCUGAGCGCGUUUUUGAGGAUGAAAUUAAAUUUUCAUUAGUUAAUUUAUUAUGUCGAAAAAUAAGGCGAAGAGGAAAUGUGUGUUGGUACAGUCGACGAGGGUCCACGACGCGACAAUAACGAGGAAAAUAUUUUCACGAAAGCGAACUUAUAUUUUUUUUUUUAAAAAGCGAGAGAACUGAGAAAAAAAUGGGAAUUAAGUUUACUAUACGUAUCAUCUACUCGUAUACAUUUGUACGAAGUUACGUUACCUACAUUAUUUUCGUAUAAAUAGGUAAGCUUUGUAGUUAUUUUAUGCAUAGGGUUAAUAUGAAAUAAGAAUUUCAUUUCCCGUGUAAAUUAUCCACAUGGCUGAUGAUGGCGUUCGAGUAAAUUUUAAUGUUGGUUGUUUUAAAGGUUACCAAAAUUUAUACCUUUACCUACUGUGAAAACGAGGAGGUGUUUUUGUUCGAUUAAUAAAUUAGUUUUAACGAAAUCGUUAACGCGACGGACAAUAUCGAUAAUAGAAAUUAUUCAUAGUGUAAAGAGUGUAAUGCAGAUGAUGAUUCGCCAAGAGUCGAAUUUUGUUGUGCUGUGCUGUGCAAAUGUGUACCCUAAUCUAUACCAUAUUGUGAUAAGCAAUAUAGUUUUCGACGAAUACUUACUUACCCUAUCAAACAAAAAAAAUCGAAAAUUACAUCGUAUAAUUUACGUAUCUACCUACUGAGAUACGUAUAUGUGUGCGAAAUAGCGUUCUUUUGCCCUUGUUAUACCCCUUUUAUCCCUGUUUGUUAUGUGUUUUACUUAAAUAUGAUGAGACCAAAUAUUAUUACCUACCUACAUAUAUGAUAAUAUUAAAGUUAAAGCAUUUAUGUGUUUUUGUUUUACGUACCUACAUUUUUUUUUCGUUUAUUUUGUGUUGGAAGGGAGGGGGAUAUUUAUAUCUACGUUUAUGUAUUUAUGUAUUUCUGUCGUGUUUCCUUUUCUUUCUUUUUUUUGUACGACUGUCUUAUUUUGUUUGUAUACGUAUAUUUGUACGCAAUCGUUGAAUUAUAAAAAUUACCUACCUAUCUUUUCUGAAAUACGUGCUGAAUUUUUUUUAUUGAUCGUGUAAUUACGAGUUUUUCCUAUAAAACGUUCCACCGAAAUAGUCAUUGUAGAAUGAUGCUUUUAAAGUGGCAAAAAUUCAGAAAUGGCCCAAAUUUUAAAAUGUAAAUAACUCAAUAUAUAUUUAUAAAUGCCACUUUAAUAUCGGUGCAGUCAUUUUAGCAAAACAGAGAUAAAUGUUAAAGUUUGAUAUGUAUUUCAACAUUUUCUCACUUGUACAAGUUGUAUUAGGUUACUUACUCCAAAAAAAUGUUGACAAGAAAACGUUUUGGACUGACACUUUUCGAUUUAGAUGAAACCAAUGCAGCAGAUUAGAAGAGCAUUUCCUAAAACUCCCAUAACCAAAAUUUCAGAUGAAGCUCAUUUUGGAAAUUUUUGUUGAAUUUUUGAAAAUUUAAAAGCCUUUAGCAAGUUUUUAGUUGUAUCAAAAAAUUUCUAAUUAUUCUGGGAGUACCAAAGAUGGCCGAAAAUGUGUUAUCAGACAGGCAUCUUAAUAAAUAAACCGAUACAAGAAUUUUUCAAAUAAAUCAUAACUCUGAAAUUCGGCAAGCUUUUAAAAAUUAAGCUUUUAAAAUUAAGUUCAACAUUGAAUUUUUGAUUGUUUAAAAAAAAAUGAAAAAAUUGAAAAAUGAUUGCAGUAAUAAUAGCUUUAUGUAUUUUUCUAAUUUUUCAAAUAUUCAUUUAAAAUCCUACAAAACUGAACUUAGGUAUAUAAGCACCCAUAAUUUAGUUUAAAGGAUUCCAGAACUUCUUUUUUCGAUCCAGCUUGGUUUAAUUUAAAUUUGAAAAAUGUCAUUUCAAAAAGUUAUUUUAAUACCUACCUAAAUUUAAUCGUUAUUUACGAUCACCUGAAAAAUAUGAUUUUGAAAUGAUCGAUGGUGACAGGGGGAAGGGUUGUUAUGUACUCUCACAUCCCAGACAAAAUACAAGUACAUAAACCUAAAAUGACUGCAUUCUACCUACUUUCUUCGUUUCCAUUUUCAUUUUUUUGUCGUCAAAUGUCAAGCGAAUUUCCCAUUUUGUAGAAAUAUCUACAUAUUCGUUUAUAAAUAAUUUUUUUUUAUUUAUGUUUUUUUUUGUUAAUUACCUAAAUCGUUAUUUAAUGUUAAGGAGAUUCGAUGAUACGAAGUAUAUAUUUCAUGUGUAAAUACGGCUUUGAAAAAGUGGUGCAUACUAAAUAUAUGUUCGGUGUUUCGUA